CAAGUCUAAAUUGAAAACAAAUGUGAGAAAAAAUAGUUGCAUUAGUCUAGCUAAAUCUCUCAGGUUUGAGAUUUCUGCUACAGUACAUGUUAGCCGAUUGCCAGACUUGGCGAGGUCCUGUUCUGGGAUCAAAACAUAUUUUAUUAUUUCUCUUUCCUCUCGUUACCUCUUUCUCUCGUUUAUUCUCUCUCUCCGUCCGAAGCCUCCCCAUUUCCUCUUUCUCUUCCUUCUUUCUCCAUACUCUAAUUUCUCUUCUUCGACCCAGCCUACCUUAUCUCCGUCGUUCUUUUCUUCUUCAACCCGCAAGACCCAUUCUCACUGUCUUGCUCUUCUUCAGCCCCAUUCUCGCAUACAUGCCUCGCUCUUCUUCAACCCAGAAGCAUCCUCUUCCCUCCAGUGGUCAUCUUCUUUGUCGUCGUCUAGUAUUUCUCAACCGCAAAUCGAUUCUUCCUUUGUUGUCUCCAACUCAGAAGACUGAAGACAUAGGGUUCCAAUUCCCCUAUCAACCGUUACAGUUUACUUAAUUUUGUUUAAGUUGCUGGUGCAUGGCUGCACAUGAGCCAUUUUUUGGAGAAACUCCAUUUUCUUUGAAAUAGCCUUUUUUGGUACUGCUAUUGCAUGGACUUGCUGGUUUAUUUGUAUAUUUUGUAUUGCUACUACUAAAAUGUUGAUGUUGAACUAUAUUGUUAGUGCAUGGAGUUGAUGUUUUGUACUACUAGAAAGGGAGUUGAUGGUGUAUUAAUGGACCCUAAAUUAUUUGCAUGGA